AUGAAUACAUAAUCUAAUAUAAGAUAUGGAGAUGACAUUGUUGUGAUUAUAUAACACGACAAAACUAGAAAUUCUUAAAUAAAUUUGGACAAAUAGCCUAAAAGAAUUCGCUAUGGAUAAACAAAAGAAAUCUGGAAUAAUGAGUCAUACAGUAAUUAAAUGAAAUGA